UCGUACAAGAAGAGAAUGCCGUUAUUUGAAGAAUAUAACAAAAAAAAAUAAAUAUUACUAUAGCAGGCUGCAAAAGCUAUGGAGUAAUAACCUGGAAAAUAAAAUUGAUUUUUAAGUAAACAGCACACACGAUCACUGAAAAUAUAACGACCCGUGAAUUUAACGGGGAAUCAAACAUAAAAAAACUGGUUCACAAGAUGUCGGAAAGGAACGACGCAAAUGGCAACCAGGAAAAAAUACCAUGGUACCAUAGACUAUACAACGCCAUCAAAGAGGCUCCAUCGCAACUAACUUUGCUCUGUGUCUCCGCAUUGGUCUAUUACAAAAUGAAGACAUCAGGUCGACAAAGUCAAGGUGCAACAGGGAAUCGGCUUGCGAUCGCUGAACCUGAUAUUGAAUAUAUAGAUGCACAAAUUUUGGCACAUCGCUUCUCGCCGUCUUUGCAUUUCAAAGAUUUUACGCUGAGGGAGCUGCUAAAAUAUAAUGGCACUGUGGAAGGCGAACGUAUUUUAUUUGCUGUUAACAAUAAGAUUUAUGAUGUGUCUUAUGCCAAACAUUUUUAUGGUCCUAAUGGAGUUCAUCAUCAUAUGGCAGGUCGCGAAAAUACGCGUUUAUUGCUUAAUCUGCCGCCCGCGGAGGAUCCUUUCAAAUAUGACGACCUGAGCAGCUUAACUGAGGCGCAACGGAAAGAACUGGAUGAUUUUACAAGUGUGCACAUGGAUCGAUAUUCUUGUAUUGGUUAUAUAAUCCCCACACAAGAGGAGGAUCCAUUGGGCUAUUAUGAGGAUGAUUUGGAUUAUAUGAGGUUUGAUGGCUGACACCCAUCCCAUUCUCAUUCAUUGUGUAAUCGUAAAUUAAAGCAAUAGCUUUUCAAUAAAUUAGUUGUUUAUAAUCUUUAAUAUAGUCAA